AUGGCAGAAGGCGCUUUCUACUUAUUCUUCCGUAUCCAGAACGGCACUUGUUUAAGGUGUGAUUCCUUGCUGCGGGAUGGUAACAACCAGGAUGCCCGGCCGACGUCUCCGCAUUCAUACAACUGUAGAUCCCAUGCCAAUGCGGGGAGGACAAGGAUUCAAGGAUGA